CCGAGCAGUUGUUGGAGCUGCUCGCGUCCCGGCGGAACCCGGGGAGUUUCCUAGAGUUUGGAGAAAGCCACAUCUUCAGCUUCUUGUAGGUUGGAGAUCCGACCGAUCGGCGGAGCGCAGCCAAGGGAGGGAGCACCCGGGCGCCUCGCAGACCGAGACCGCGAGCCACCCCCGCCCCUCCCGGCACCCACGCGCCUCUCUCUCCCCCCAUCGCCCGGUCCCCGCAGCCAUGCAGGAGGGCGAGGCCGGCUGCGCCGUCGCGUUCGCCGAAGCCCAGAGAUGGGUAGAGGCAGUAACAGAGAAGAACUUUGAAACACAGGAUUUUCGAGCCUCUCUAGAGAAUGGUGUUCUGUUGUGUGAUUUGAUUAAUAAGCUUAAACCUGGUGUCAUAAAGAAGAUCAAUAGACUGUCCACACCAAUAGCAGGUUUGGAUAAUAUAAACGUUUUUUUGAAAGCUUGUGAACAGAUUGGAUUGAAAGAAGCCCAGCUUUUCCAUCCUGGGGAUCUACAGGACUUAUCGAAUCGAGUCACUGUCAAGCAAGAAGAGACCGAUAGGAGAGUGAAAAAUGUUUUGAUAACAUUGUACUGGCUGGGAAGAAAAGCACAAAGUAACCCCUACUAUAAUGGUCCAUAUCUUAAUUUGAAAGCAUUUGAGAAUCUUUUGGGACAAGCUCUGACCAAGGCACUUGAAGACUCCAGCUGUCUGAAACGAAGUGGCAGGGACAGUGGGUACGGAGAUAUCUGGUGUGCUGACCGGGGAGAGUUCCCUGUGCCCCCAGGCAGCCAUAGGAGAGAAGAUUCCUUUGAAAGCUUGGACUCUCUGGGCUCCAGGUCCUUCACAAGCUGCUCCUCUGAUAUCACGCUGAGGGGUGGGCGUGAAGGUUGCGAAAGCGACACAGAUUCUGAAUUUACCUUCAAAAUGCAGGAAUAUAACAAAGAUGAUAUGUCCUAUCGGAGGAUUUCGGCCAUUGAACCAAAAUCUGCUCUACCGUUCAAUCGUUUCUUACCCAAUAAGAGCAGACAGCCGUCCUACGUGCCGGCGCCCUUGAGGAAGAAGAAGCCGGACCGCAAUGAGGAUAACAGAAGGAGCUGGGCCAGCCCGGUGGGCACAGAAGCCGAUGGGACGUUUCCAAGUAACGAGAGGAGAAUUUGGGGCACAAGUGUGGAGAGCUGGACAGCAGUACAAGAAACUUCAAACUCCUUCUGUUACUUGGAGGAGGAGGAAGAGAGGACCAGCACCCCCGACACUGUAAAGGAUGACCUUUAUGUGCGAAAGCUAAGCCCCAUCAUGCCAAGCCCAGGGAACACUUUCGAUCAGUUUCUUCCCAAAUGUUGGAUCCCAGAAGAUGUGAACUGGAAAAGAAUAAAAAGAGAAACUUAUAAACCCUGGUAUAAAGAAUUUCAGGGAUUCAGUAGAAGGAUCCCAGACUUUGAGGAUGAGGAUUCAGGCUCUGACAGAAGCUCUGACAUUUUUAGUUGGAUGCAGAGAGCAGAGCGUAGGCUAGACGGCACCUGCCAAAGACGUUCACUCCUGAUGGAAGUAGCCAGGAGCACACGGGACACCCAAGCAGCCAGGAGAGCCAGUGGUGCUUCGGAGCAGCCCAGUCCGUUUUUACUACUUCAGGCCCUCCAAACAUAUUCUGACGACAUCUUAUCUUCUGAAACAAAUAUCAAACUUGAUCCCACUGCUGGCCCAAGGCUCAUAACUCGCAGGAGGCAUCUCUCUUAUGCCCCAGGGUAUAGAAGAGGCGACCUUGAGAUGUCUGCCCUAGAUCCCGACUUAGAGAAUGACGAUUUCUUUGUCAGAAGGACUGGGGCUUUCCACGCCAAUCCAUGUGUCCUCCGAGCUUUCGAAGACUUCAGAAGGUUUUCUGACCGAGAUGAUCCAGUAGAGAGAGAUAUAAUUCUGCAGUGCAGAGAAGGCGAGCUCGUACUUCCAGAUCUAGAGAAAGAUGAUAUGAUUGUCCGGCGAAUCCCAGCACAGAAGAAAGAGGUGCCUCUAUCUGGGGCCCCAGAUAGAUACCAACCAAUCCCUUUCCCCGAGCCCUGGACGCUUCCUCCAGAAAUUCAAGCCAAGUUCCUCUGCAUACUUGAAAGGACGUGCCCAGCCAAGGAGAAAAGUAGUAGCUGUAGAGUACUAGUUCCUUCGUGUCGGCAGAAGACAGAUGACAUGUUGACCCGGAAGAUCCAGCACUGGAAGCUGGGAACUUCUGUGCCUCCCAUCAGUUUCAUCCCCGGUCCCUGCAGUGAGGCGGACUUUCGGAAGUGGGAGGCCAUCCGGGAGGCCAGCAGGCUUAGGCACAGGAAGCGGCUGAUGGUUGAGAGACUCUUUCAAAAGAUUUAUGGUGAAAAUGGGAGCAAGUCCAUGAGCGAUGUCAGCGCCGAGGAUGUUCAGAACCUGCGUCAGCUGCGUUACGAGGAGAUGCAGAAGAUGAAAUCCCAGCUAAAAGAGCAGGAUCAGAAAUGGCAGGAUGACCUUGCAAAAUGGAAAGACCGUCGAAAAAGCUACACUUCAGACUUGCAGAAGAAAAAAGAAGAGAGGGAAGAAAUUGAAAAGCAGGCGCUGGAGAAAUCCGAGAAAAGCUCUAAGACAUUUAAGGAAAUGCUGCAGGACAGGGAAUCCCGAAAUCAGACGUCUACAGUUACAUCGAGGAGCAGAAUAUAUUCUUCUGAUGAUGCAUUGAAUGAAGACAAGCUUCCCCUGACACUAACAAUGUCAGAAGCAAGUCAUCAGGGGGAGAGAGUAGAAGAGAAAGGAACAACAUACCCUACAGAAAUCCCUAAACAAGAUUCUACAACUGUGGUGAAAAGAGAGGACCCUCUACCUGCUGAAAUUCAGCUUCCCUCUAAAAGCCCCACGGAAAAACAACGCCCGGCCCCUUUGUCUGCCCAGCGUUCGCUGACUACACAAAUGGAGUCGACUCGAGUUUCAGCUUCUCUCCCCAGAAGUUACCAGAAAACUGAUACAGCUAGGUUGACAUCUGUGGUCACACCGAGACCUUUUGGCUCUCACUCAAGGGGAAUCUCAUCGCUCCCGAGAUCCUACACGAUGGAUGACGUUUGGAAGUAUAAUGGAGACAUAGAAGGCGUUAAGAGAACUCAGUACAGUUCGGUCAGCACCUCUGUGCAAAAGUCUGAUCCAAGCCAGCUGGCUUCCAGCUUCUUCAGUGAAAGAGAGGCAGUGACAUCAGGAGAGGGUGUGAUGAGGUUGCCCUCUCCUACACCCCCCUUCUCGUCUCUCUCCCAGGACUGGGCUGCCACUUCUAAUGCUACCUGGUCUUCAGUAUCUGGCCCCAAUUCAAUGCCUGAACUUGGAGAAGGGAGAAGCUCACCACAGACAGAGGUGUCACCAUCAAAGGAUCAGUUCAGUGAUAUGAGAAUCAGCAUAAACCAGACGCCUGGGAACGGCCUUGACUUUGGGUUUACAGUAAAAUGGGAUAUUUCCGGGAUCUUCGUAGCAUCAGUGGAAGCAGGUAGCCCAGCAGAAUUUUCUCAGCUACAGGUAGAUGAUGAAAUUAUUGCCAUCAACAAUACCAAGUUUUCAUAUAAAGACACUAAAGAGUGGGAAGAAGCCAUGGCUAAUGCUCAAGAAACUGGAAACCUAGUAAUGGAUAUCAGGCGCUAUGGAAAGUCUGAUUGGGGCAAAGACCAGCCUUCCCUGCCAUUUAUACGGCAUAAAACCCUCAAUCUCACCAGUAUGGCUACCAAAAUUAUAGGUUCACCUGAAACAAAGUGGAUUGAUGCAACUUCUGGAAUUUACAACUCAGACAGAUCUUCAAAUCUAUCAAUAAUGACUGAUUUCUCAGAAAGCCUUCAGAAUUCUAAUACCGAGUCCAAGGAAAUCAAUGGGAUUCGUGAUGAAAGCAGUACUUUUGAGUUAAAAGCAUCUGAACCUAUUUCUUUGAAAAACUUAAAAAGGCGAUCACAAUUUUUUGAACAAGGCUGCCAUACAGGAAGCUCCGAUUCUGUGGUUCCUGAUCUUCCAGUUCCAACUAUCAGUGCCCCAAGCCGCUGGGCGUGGGAUCAAGAGGAGGAGCGAAAGCGGCAGGAGAGGUGGCAGAAGGAGCAGGACCGCCUGCUGCAGGAAAAAUACCAACGUGAGCAGGAGAAACUAAGGGAAGAGUGGCAAAGAGCUCAGCAGGAGGCUGAGAGAGAGAAUUACAAGCUCUUGAAUGAGGAGCUGAUGGUCCUGAACUCAAACAUCGCAGCUCUGACCACACGGGAGCCCUCUGUUGCCACCUUGGAAGCCACCUGGGAUGAAGGGUCCAAGUCUUCUGACAGGGAAGGAACCCGAGCAGGAGAAGAGGAGAGGAGACAGAGGCAUGAGGAAGGUAUAACUGAGGACCAAAGGAAGAAGCUUCAGGAACAACUCACUAUUGAGAAAGAGAGGGAACUGAAGGAGCAACAAUAUCAGGAAGAGCAGGAGGAGAUGCAGCGUCAGGCCAAGGCUGAGGAGCAGAAGAAGCGCUAUGCAGAAGAACAGAUGCGCCAGGCAGAGGAGCAGAAGCGCCAGGCGGAGGAGCAGCAGCGCCAGGCAGAGGAGCAGAGGCGCCAGGCGGAGGAGAAGAAGCGUCACACAGAAGAACAGAAGCACCAGGCAGAGAGAGAGAAGGAAACGAUAGUCAGAAUAUACCAGUAUAGAAGGCCUGUUGAUUCCUAUGAUACACUGAAGGGAGAGGAAGAAUCUUCAGGUUUGCUUCCUAGUGACAGGAAUAAAUCCAGAUCCACUACUGAGCUGGAUGAUUUCUCCACAAAUAAAAAUGGAAGCCAUAAAUAUUUAGACCGAGUUGGGAACGGGAGCUCAUCACAGAGGAGCGCCAAGAAGGAACAAGGUUUAUCAGGAGCAGAGUUGGAGAGGCAACAGAUCCUUCAAGAAAUGAGGAAGAGGACAUCCCUUCACACCGACAGCAGCUGGAUCCGUCAGCGCAGUUCCAGCAUCAAUAAAGAGCCCAUUUGUCUGCCUGGGAUUAUGAGAAGAGGCGAAUCUCUAGAUAACCUGGAGUCCCCAAGGUCCAGUUCGUGGAGACAGUCCCCGUGGCUCAGUCAGUCCACAGCGGUCUACGCUUCGACCUCCGUCCAAGACUUCAGCCGCCCACCCCCGCAGCUGGUGUCCACGUCCAACCGUGCCUACAUGCGGAACCCGUCCUCCAGCGUGUCCCCUCCUGCAGCGGGUUCCGCGAAGACCAGCCCCGCACCAUCCCCCACUCCACGCAGCCAUUUCCCUUCCGCUCCCCCAUCCCAGCCACGCAACAGGUCAGUCAGUGGGAAGCGCAUGUGCUCCUACUGCAAUAACAUUCUGGGCAAAGGAGCUGCCAUGAUCAUCGAGUCCCUGGGUCUUUGUUAUCAUUUAUAUUGUUUUAAGUGUGUUGCCUGUGAGUGUGACCUCGGAGGCUCUUCCUCAGGAGCCGAAGUCAGAAUCCGAAACAACCAACUGUACUGCAACAACUGCUAUCUCCGACUCAAAUCUGGACGGCCAACCGCCAUGUGAUGUAAGCCUCCAUACGAAAGCACUGUUGCAGAUAGAAGAAGAGUUGGUUGCUGCUGAUGUAGAUCUAUAAAUAUAUGUUGUAUGUCUUUCUCUCUCUCUUUUUUUUUAAAGAAUAACACUUUUUUUUUUUUUUUUGGCCUCUGUAGAUUACAUCAGAGCAGGAUAGACUUGGUAGAACCUGUAUUUUUGUUGUUGUUUAUUUAUAAGGAGGUAAUUAUGUGUGGGGGAAAGUGCAGUAUUUACUUUCUGAGUUCAGCAUCCUAACAGCACAAGGGUAAAAAGAUCUUCAAAAUAUUUUGAGGCUGAUAAUGAUCAGUGGUGUUUUGAAGAGGGUUAUUUUAUUGUUGUUUUUUUUUUAAAAGGUUAUAAAACAUUAUUUGAAAUAGUUAAUAUAAAUAUAUAAUUGCAUUUGCUGUUUAUUGUAAUGUAUGCUAAAUUAAUACAGAACCAUAUGGAAAAUGUCACUAAAAUUCACCCCCCACCCCAAAUUUGCUUUCUGUAUCCUGUUUUUUCAGCUAUAUAUUAUGAUUUGAAAACAAUUAGCUUAUAUGAAAUGUUAUUUGCUUGAUGAGGGGAGCUCUGUUUUUGUUAGAAUUGUCACUAUCCAGUUUUCAAUAGAAAGCCUCUGCUUCUCAUUAAUGAAAUAUCCUUACAGUUUGUAUACCGUACCAAAAAUUUUCUUGAGGAAGUAGUGAGCCUUUCUGUCCAACUGUAUUUGUAAAUAAAAUUGCUGAUGCAUUUAA